AUGGUCUUCAUCCUAGGCGUUAACUUCCCCGAGCGGAACCUCCUCAAGAAAUCCCUCGAGACAUUCUUCGGAAUCGGCAACAACAGCUCCUCCCGCCUCCUGUCCCGCUUCAACAUCCACCCAACCUGCCGCGUCGGCGAGCUGGCCAACAAGCAAGUCCUCGAUUUGACCGCCGUGCUAUCGGAAAUGAAGAUUGAGAAUGACUUGCGCAGAGAGGUCCUCAAUGAUAUUAAGCGUCUGAAGGAGACUGGAACAUACCGCGGCCGACGUCACGCACUGGGCUUGCCUGUCAGGGGACAGCGGACACGGACUCAAAUCAAAACUCCUGUCCGGUUGAACCGCAUGGAGCGGAGGCUAUAA